AUGGCUUUCCAAACCUCUUCAAUUGCACAAAACAUUUUUGUAGGUUUUUUCUUUUUACUUCUUGUUUUUGUCUUUAUUUCCCUUUUUGUUUAUUUUUCUUUUUGUUAUUCUAAUUUGUUUUUCAUUUUAUUUUAUUUUCUUUUUUUCCCCGAUUUUCUUUUUUUUCUUUUUCCUUUCCUUAUUCUAUUUCCUCUCCUGAUUCUAUUUUCUUUUUCAUUUUCUUUCCUUCUAAAUUUUUCUUUUCUAUUUUCUUUUCUCCCCAAUUCUAUUUUCUUUUCUUUUUCCUUUCCUUAUUCUAUUUCCUCUCCUGAUUCUAUUUUCUUUUCUAUUUGCUUUCCUUCUAGAUUUUUCUUUUCUAUUUUCUUUUCUCCCCAAUUCUAUUUUCUUUUUCCUUUCCUUAUUCUAUUUCCUCUCCUGAUUCUAUUUUCUUUUCCAUUUUCUUUCCUUCGAGAUUUUUCUUUUCUAUUUUCUUUUCUCCCCGAUUCUAUUUUCUUUUCCUUUUUCUUUCCUUAUUCUAUUUUCUUUCCUUCUAGAUUUUUCUUUUCUAUUUUCUUUUCUUUUUCUCCCAUGAUUCUAUUUUCUUUCAUUCUUAAGUUUUCUUUUCUAUUUUCUAUUUUCCUUCUCCCCAAUUCUAUUUUCUUUUCUUUUUCCUUUCCUUAUUCUAUUUCCUCUCCUGAUUCUAUUUUCUUUCCCAUUUUCUUUCCUUCUAGAUUUUUCUUUUCUAUUUUCUUUUCUCCCCAAUUCUAUUUUCUUUUCUUUUUCUCUCCUGAUUCUAUUUUCUUUCAUUCUUGA